AUGCCUUCGGAAAAUGAUGAUUUAUACAAAAAUAAGAUUCAUUUCCCAUCAGAAUCAUCAAGUGAUUGUGAUGCUCUCCGUCUGAUGAACAUUCAUGUUCUGCUUACACUUACACUCGUCACGCUUCCAUUUUCAAGCACCCGAAGAGCCAAGAAGAAAUCAUGUAAAAGAACCACUUUCGAUCGGCACACGACAAACUAUCAAGCGUGGAGGGAGCAGAUGACGGUGUGCGACCUGCUUCAGGAGUACGACGCUGCUGUACGUCCAAGCGGGAGAACGCCCUACAACAACAGUAAAGGCCCUGUUAUCGUGACCACAAGCCUCAACAUUCGAUCCAUAUCUGCUGUUUCUGAGAAAAAUAUGGAGUUUGUGGCGCAGUUUCGAUUUCGCCAGGAAUGGUUUGACGAUCGACUACGUUUUAUGGACCAUCAGGGUCCUCUUUCUCCAGAAUAUCGUAAUUUUGAAUUUAUUCACGUUGCCAGAGAUCAACGUUUAUGGAUACCUGACACAUUCUUCCAAAAUGAACGAAACGGGUGGUACCACAUGCUGGACCAGGAGAAUCGUUUUUUGAAGAUUCGCUCAGACGGGAAACUCAUUUAUGAUAGAAGAUUAACACUUCACUUAGCAUGCUCUAUGCAUUUGUCACGUUAUCCGAUGGACUCGCAGAUAUGCGAAAUUGCCUUCGCGUCAUAUGCAUACACUACUGAUGACAUAAAAUACGAGUGGGAUGCGGAGGCGAUUCGAAUUCAUGACGGAGCCAAUGGAGCUCUGCCUAAUUUUGACAUUGCUAUGUUCACCAACAAGACUUGCCACUCCAAAACGAACACAGGAGAAUAUUCGUGCUUACGUGUGGAACUAAAGCUGAACCGCGUAUUCUCGUUCUUCCUUCUGCAGCUGUACAUUCCCUCGUCCAUGUUGGUCGGUGUAGCUUGGGUAUCUUACUGGAUCGACUGGAAGAGUACAGCUGCUCGUGUGCCUUUAGCUAUUGUGACUCUGCUCACAAUGAUUACAACCUCUCAUGCAAUUAAUUCGAAUUUGCCGCCUGUUUCAUACGCAAAAUCCAUUGAUAUCUGGGUUGGUGCAUGUGUAGUAUUUAUAUUCUUCUCGUUGAUUGAAUACGCUGUGGUAAACUAUAUGGGAAUACUGGACGAGCACAGGCAAAUGCGCAAAGCGGCUUGCAAUCGUAGUAGGCUCUCAAAUGUUAUCGAUAACCAGUACUACAUGCAAAUGACUGUUGACCAGAUUAAUUCGCCUACCUCUGUAGGAUUUAGCCCACAAGAGAAAAAGCGACUUCUGCGGCGAAGACGCAACAAGUCUUUCGAGCUAAGGGAGGAAGAAGCUGGUGAGUACGAUGGAAUAGAAAUGGGAGACGUUGCACCACCCAGGACGGCAGGACAUGUUGAGCAAGGGUGGACUUUUCAGGACACAACCGAUCUCGUAUAUAUUGGUCAACGGAAAAGGGUUGAGCUCGUUCGAUGGUGUAGUGUGCUCUCAUCCAGAGGCCGCGCCGAAAGGAUAGAUAUAAUAGCAAGAAUAAUAUUUCCGAUCGCCUUUAUUAUGUUCAAUUUCGCUUACUGGAGUAUAUACUUGGACAACGGUGACAACUAGACGACGAUUCUUCGCUUGUGUGCGAAUUCUUCGUGCUUUCUCGAC